UCUAAGUUUAUACCAGAGAGGUUCAUGGAUACAAAUGGUGUGCUGACAGACAAUGAUCCAGCUGAUUAUAUGUUUGGCUUUGGCUGGUGUAGAUGUCCAGGCCAGUUUGCUGCUGGUGUCUCUAUCUGGUUUGCUAUUGUUACUAUGUUGGCUACAGCGGAAUUUAAAUUUGCCAGAGAUGACCAAGGCAAAGUGAUCAAAUUCACUCCUCAAUUCAUGAUGAGAUUCAUUCAGUACUUGUCUUCUUGUGUUAUUUUGUCCCAUUAUUAA